CUUAACCGCCAAGCACGAGCAGACAGGUUCACAGGUGUAGGGACAGUGGGCGAUGUCGAGUGUUCCAAACCAAAACACUGGGAUUGUACGCAUGUCGUGGAUCUGGUUCAGCAAAUGCAGUGCAGAUUUUGACAGUAUUCCAGAGAGAUGCGGUAUUUGGUUAUCAUUCGUUGGAGGACAAGUAUAGGUAGGGUAUUUCGUCUUUUUUAGGCACGUUGGUUAAGUGACAAGGAUCAAUGUGGGCACAAUUGGGCAUGGAUAUCGUCUCCUCUCCCGACAAUAUGUCGUUUCCGCAUUCCCACGGCCAUCAGUAUUGUGUCCCUGAUCCAUCUCAACACAAAACCGGUUUCUCCUGAUUAUCAGCCUAACUGUCGCUGAUGCUGCACUAUGUGUGCUGUGAAGGGACAAAGGGGAGCUCGAAGACGUUUCGAAACUAGGCUAAUAGGCCUCUGUCGUUCCUAAAUAGGCACAUUUAUUUUCGCGUCGUAUUUGUCGCGGUUCCUAAAAAAACCCUGGGAUACCUCGGCGUUGUGACUGGUUUGGGAUGGAGGGUUGUUGUCGUAGUUGCAUGCCAUGUUGUAGUCGGCUGUGGAACUGGAUAUGGCCCGAAUUCCAUUACCCAAAUAUCACCCAACCAGCCGAAAUCCCAACUAUUUCAGGUGAUAUCCGUGCUCCGUCCCCCAAGAAGAAACCGACUCAGCUCUAUGCGGCACUGUUUGAUUUCGAAGCCAGGAGCGAAGAGGAGCUGACUAUCAAGGAAGGUGACAAGCUGUCGGUAAUAGAAAAGAGAGGGGAUUAUGUGCUUGCCAAGAAACUUACCGGUUCGAUGGAGUCCGGACUGGUCCCGGCUACGUAUGUGGCCAUUCUACAGGACGAGUUUGCUAAUCACAAGUGAGUGGGGCUUCUGAGAGAAACCUCAAUAUUGAUUCAUUCAUAAUAUGCGGUUGAGAUUUCACGAUGUCCAAUAUAUUGUGUAGGACCAUGUUUUUCAACUAUGUCUACCAGGUUUAUCAAGAAGGUAGGCUAUCUUCAACAUAAUAUGUUAAUUGAGGCUGCAAAAACAAGAUUUGGCCUCCUGAUCAUUGAUAAGGUCAGUGUUUGUUGACAGAGAAGUGACACUGCAGCACCCAUCCCUCCCUUCGUGGUCACUACUGCACAGUGCACAACAUUGUAGUGUAUAACAAUUGCACUGUAUUAAGUUUCUGUAGGCCUAUGUGGCUAUACAAAUAGUUCCUGCCUUUGUGGUCAGAUUAGUGCAAGUGCAGCCAAGUUGUAGCUUUAAGAGCUAUGCUAGGUACAGCAGUGGAUACAUAACUUUUGGCAACUAUGAUAAGCUUUCCACUCAGCUCACACCCACACUUGACAGAGUUUCAGGUGAAACCUGAGCAUAAUGGAAAUGUGUAUAGCGUUUGCAGAACAGCACAGGCGCACCCAUUCUUGAUAAUCAGUGUAAAUAGCCUUCCUUACUAUCUGGCUGAAGUAUAGCCUAUAAACCACACCUACUUUUCCACUCAAAGCAGCUAGAAGGGUGUUUUCACAUAUGCUCCUCUUUAAAAUGACUGAUAUCAGUCCUCUUUAAAGUGAACUCUGGUGUAAAAAAAAAAGCAAAAUAAGUCAGUUCUCUUUGUAUUCACACUGCCCUUGCCUUUGAAUGAGGACUCAACUCUUUUGCCAAUUCACUUCACGAGUCCUCUUUGCAUUCACAUUGCUAAGUUUAGAAAGUAACCAAUAUCUUUCUCCAACAUUCACUCAAUGCACUCUGGGUUUUUACCAUUCCAAUCAUAUUUUAUUGGACGGAUACACAUAUUUAGCAGAUGUUAUUGCGGUUGUAGCAAAAUGCUUGUGUUCCUAGCUCCAACAGUGCAGUAAUAUCUAAUAAUACACAACAAUACACAUAUCUAAAAAGUACAAGAAUGGAAUUAAGAAAGAUAACAAUAUUAGGACGAGCAGUGUUGAAGUCUGGAGUGUGUGUGUGUAUAUAUAUAUACUACUAGUCAAAAGUUUAGACACACAUACAGUUGAAGUCGGAAGUUUACAUACACUUAGGUUGGAGUCAUUAAAACUCGUUCUUCAACCACUCCUCAAAUGUCUUGUUAACAAACUAUAGUUUUGGCAAGUCGGUUAGGAUAUCUACUAUGUGCAUGACAAAAGUAAUUUUUCCAACAAUUGUUUACAGACAGAUUAUUUCACUUAUAAUUCACUGUAUCACAAUUCCAGUGGGUCAGAAGUUUACAUACACUAAGUUGACUGUGCCUUUAAACAGCUUGGAAAAUUCCAGAAAUGAUGUCAUGGCUUUAGAAGCUUCUGAUAGGCUAAUUGACAUAAUUUGAGUCAAUUGGAGGUAUACCUGUGGAUGUAGUUCAAGGCCUACCUUCAAACUCAGUGCCUCUUUGCUUGACAUCAUGGAAAAAUUGUAGACCUCCACAAGUCUGGUUCAUCCUUGGGAGAAAUUUCCAAACGCCUGAAGGUAACACGUUCAUCUGUACAAACAAUAGUACGCAAGUAUAAACACCAUGGGACCACGCAGCCAUCAUACCGCUCAGGAAGGAGACUCGUUCUGUCUCCUAGAGGGAAUUUUUACUAGGAUUAAAUGUCAGGAAUUGUGAAAAACUGAGUUUAAAUGUAUUUGGCUAAUGAGUAUGUAAACUUCUGACUUCAACUGUACGUACCUUCAAGGGUUUUUCUACUAUUUUUUUUACAUUGUAGAAUAAUAGUGAAGACAUCAAAACUAUGACAUAACACAUGAAAUCAUGUAGUAACCAAAAAAGUGUUAAACAAAUCUAAAUAUAUUUUAUAUUUGAGAUUCUUCAAAGUAGCCACCCUUUGCCUUGAUGACAGCUUUGCACACUCUUCACAUUCUGUCAACCAGCUUCAUGAGGUAGUCACCUGGAAUGCUUUUCCAACGGUCUUGAAGGAGUUCCCACAUAUGCUGAUCACUCGUUGGCUGCUUUUCCUUCACUCUGCGGUCCAACUCAUCCCAUUCAAUUGAAAUAAAUUCAUUAGCGCCUAAUCUAUGGAUUUUACAUGACUGGGCAGGGGCUCAGCCAUGGGUGGGCCUGGGAGGGCAUAGGCCCUUUAUUACAGACAGAAAUACUCCUCAGUUUCAUCAGUUUUCCGGGUGGCUGGUCUCAGACGAAAUCUGCAGGUGAAGAAGCCGGAUGUGGAGGUCCUGGGCUGGCAUGGUUACACGUGGUCUGCGGUUGUGAGGCCGGUUGGACGUACUGCCAAUUUGUCUAAAACGACGUUGGAGGCGGCUUAUGGUAGAGAAAUGGACAUUCAAUUAUCUAGCAACAGUUCUGGUGGACAUUCCUGCAGUCAGCAUGCCAAUUGCAUGCUCCCUCAAAACUUAAGACAUCUGUGGCAUUGUGUUGUGACAAAACUGCACAUUUUAGUGGCCUUUUUAUUGUUCCCAGCACAAGGUGCACCUGUGUAAUGAUCAUGCUGUUUAAUCAGCUUCUUGAUAUUCCACACCUGUCAGGUGGAUGGAUUAUCUUGGCAAAGGAGAAAUACUCACUAACAGGGAUGUAAACAAAUUUGUGCACAACAUUUUAGAGAAAUAAGCUUCUUGGAUCUUUUAUUUCAGCUCAUGAAACAUGGGCCCAACACUUUACAUUGCUUUUAUAUGUUUGUUCAGUGUGUGUGUGUGUGUGUGUGUGUGUGUGUGUGUGUGAUGGGAUGUAUGGACAGUAUAUGGAUAGAACAUGUAGUAUAUCUGAAGAAUAGUCUAUGUACAGCAAUAGUUAAAUAGGAUAGGUCUUGAUUAGAGUACAGUAUAUACAUAUGAAGUGGGUAAAACAGUAUGUAAACAUUAUUAAAGUGACCAGUGUUCCAUGACUAUGUACAUAGGGCAGCAGCCUCUAAGGUACAUGGUAGAGUAACUGGGUGGUAGCCGUCUAGUGACAGUGACUAAAGUUCAGUGCAGGGUACUGGGUGGGGGCCGGCUAGUGUUGACUAUUUAACAGUCUGAUGGCCUUGCAAUAGAAACUCCAAAGUGCAGGGCAAGCCAUUCCAUCAGAACAUGUUAUCGGAAAGCUACAGUAGAUAUACUUACUUACAUUUUGGACGCGAAUAGAUUACAGUUAUUAUGUCUAAUCUUUUAACUAAAUGCAACCAGAAGAUCCAGUACUAUUAACAUGUACAUAUUAUUGGUAACAGAAUAAAUAGCAGAAGAAUAACUGCAGAUUAAAUAAUGCUGUAAUUGAAAAUUGUACACCCAAUGUAGGCUACUGCCCCUUUUAAGAGCUAGAAUUGAUUUUGUACUUUUGAUUGUGAUUCUCAACAAACAUGUUGUCUUCUCAAUCUAUUCAAAACCCACAAUCGAAUAAGAAGCUUUCUUAGCCUAUAGUUCACUUAUUGUAAACAAAUAAUGGGAACUAAAAACUCCACACACAUUUUGGAAUUUCUGUGCAUCCUUGACAAUUGCUAAUCAAUAUCCAAAAACAGCACACGUUUUUUCUGGGAACCUCCACAUCAUCCUCCUCUCUUUUGUGGCACUAAUGUGCGGGGUUAUGGCAGGGGAAACUGUGUUACAGUAGUCUAGUGUGUGGUGCGGGAAUAAUGACAAGCGAACCUGGGGAGCUUUCAAGUGAACCGAACUCGGACCACCUCUCGAGAUGGUCUCAGUUCAGUUCGGGGGCUCUUUUGAGGAGUCUGAGUUCCUUUGGAGUGUUCACACUGCACAAAAAAUUAAGCGAACUGCACUGAGUUAACAAAAAUUGGCUGAAGGGACCAAGUGUGAAAACACCUUAGCCUACCUCAUCAUGGUCAUCCAAUCUCACCAGCCUGUCAUGUGCUUAUUGUGUGUGUGUGUGUGUGUCGGUGUGUGUGUACUCUUGUCUGCUCAUGUGUGCAAUUGUGCAUCUCUAUUUUUUCUCUGUGACUGUCUGCCUCUUUCCCUGUCUGUCUGUUCAUCCAUCUGUCUGUCUGUUGAGGUGGUACUAUGGGAACAUUAACCGGGUGAAGGCUGAGAAACUGCUCCUGGCCUCUCAGAAUAAGGAUGGCUCGUUCCUGGUGCGCAUCAGCGAGAGCCACAGCGAUGAAUACACCAUCUCAGGUAAGCCUAUAUUGCCAUGGUAACAUGAUUACUUUAUGUUAACCUAAUAAUUACAUGUUAGUUUCUUUGGAAUUCAUUAACACAAGCGCCAUAGGCACCAUAUGGUAGCCUACCCAGUAGCUCUGUUGAAUUCAUUGACGUAAAUACCAGAAAGAACCCAUUGUUACCCAUGGAAAUCCUAUUCAAUUACAUUAAACAGAGUUUUAAUAUGUAAUUCUAUGCUGUUAGCACACAAUUCCCUAUUAAAUAAUAUGCAAAUACCAGUGGAAACAGAUGUAAAAGGAUGUGCUACCGUUCAUUCACCAGUGGGUGGCGAUGAAGUACUUAUUUAGUUGCAAACCUCCUACAUUUCAUCACCCACUGUACUGUAAGCCUAGAGAGCAAUCUCUAACUCAAUGCUUAUAUGUCUUGUUGUGAAUAUUAGUUUGUUCAAAUGUGUGUGUGUGUGACAUUUAAAAUUGAGAAUUAAAUACUUUUGGAGUUUGUCCGUUUUUGUGUGCAAACCACUGUUUUUGAAAUGUGUAGAAAAACAUAAAACAGUCAAAUCAUGUUUGCCCUGUCCUCCACAGGCAGAAACGAUGGGAAAGUCUUCCAUUUCCGAAUCCAGCGUUCAUCGAUUGGGGCGUACUUUGUGUCAGACAAGAUUUCCUUUGGCCACUCUGGGGGAGCUGAUCCGAUACUACCAGAACAACUCCAGGAGUCUAGGAGUGACUCUGGAUGAGCCAUGUGCACAGCAGGUGUGUGUACCAAACCGAAUCACACACACACUUAAACUUUGUGGAUACCAUUCACAAUCCAGUUAUUUUGUGGAUGGUGAAUAUGUUCGUUUUUGGCCCACAUAUUCCCCGAAAUAUGUGUUUACUUUGACAUCAUUAGGGAAUCAAGAAAGUGUAGUGGCAGGGAUCAGGCUGUUUUUACUGGAGGCCUCUCCGUGAUUCCAGACUCUUUUCUCUUCCUUUCCAGCGGAGACGCACAGACACACAAACGCUCGCCCUUCACUCCAGGCCCUUUUUAUUUCACCAUUUGUUAUUUCAAAAUGUUCUACUUUUCAAGAUUUAUCAUGAUUUUCUACUUUUCAAUUUAGCUUUUUUUAUUGUAUUUGCAUUUAUUCAGCAGUUAGACUGAUACUGUUGCCAUUUCAUACACAAUUUGAUUGUAGAUGCAGUUUUAUUGUAUCCAAAAUAAUUUCUGUCCUCCAUGUUCAAUUUGACCAACUCGGUGGCCUUGUGGUUAGAGUGUCCGCCCUGAGAUUGGAAGGUUGAGAGUUCGAUCCCCGGCUGAGUCAUACCAAAGACUGUAAAAAUGGGACCCGAUGCGUCUCUGCUUGGCACUCCGCAUUAAGGAGAUAGAUUGGAGGUAAGGCCCUGCAUUAGACUAGCAUCCUGUCCAAGGGGUGUACUUGUACAUCAAGCUGCCUCAAGCUACAGAAACAGGAGAUGGGCUCCUGCUCCUAUGAGCCGUUCUGGCUUGCACAAGCCAAGGCUCGUGCAAGGCUACUUUUUAUUUUUAUGUUCAAUUUGACUAAAGAGAAGAGUACAUGAGAUGCUCAUACCAAGACUAGUUGAUCUCUUCAUCAGAUUGAAAUGAGCUUUUUAAAAAUGGUAUAUGUCUUUUCUUUAUUGAAUUAUUUAUGUUGUGUAUUUUGAUUUUCCAAGAUGAUCACAAUGUUAAUUCCACAGUCAUUUAAGUAUAUAUAGAUCAGGGAUCAUCAACUAGAUUCAGCCGUGGGACUAUGUUUUUCUUGAGCAGAUGGUUGGGGGAGCCGGAACAUAAUUACAAAUAAUUUGUAGACCGCAAGAAGCCCAAACUGAGAUAAAAUUUGACUAAAACAUAAUCAUUUCAAACCUUGCUUACAUUUGUAUACAAUCACUAUUAUGUGUGAGAAUACUUUGGAACAGAUGUCCAAGUGAUUUUAAUUUUGGAACUGUUUUUACAGUGUUUUACAGUGAGGGAAAAGGUAUUUGAUCCCCUGCUGAUUUUGUACGUUUGCCCACUGACAAAGAAAUGAUCAGUCUAUAAUUUUAAUGGUAGGUUCAUUUGAACAGUGAGAGACAGAAUAACAACAAAAAAAUCCAGAAAAACGCAUGUCAAAAAUGUUAUAAAUUGAUUUGGAUUUUAAUGAGGGAAAUAAGUAUUUGACCCCCUCUCAAUCAGAAAGAUUUCUGGCUCCCAGGUGUCUUUUAUACAGGUAACGAGCUGAGAUUAGGAGCACACUCUUAAAGGGAGUGCUCCUAAUCUCAGCUUGUUACCUGUAUAAAAGACACCUGUCCAUAUAAGCAAUCAAUCAAUCAGAUUCCAAACUCUCCACCAUGGCCAAGACCAAAGAGCUCUCCAAGGAUGUCAGGGACAAGAUUGUAGACCUACACAAGGCUGGAAUGGGCUACAAGACCAUCGCCAAGCAGCUUGGUGAGAAGGUGACAACAGUUGGUGCGAUUAUUCGCAAAUGGAAGAAACACAAAAUAACUGUCAAUCUCCCUCGGCCUGGGGCUCCAUGCAAGAUCUCACCUCGUGGAGUUGCAAUGAUCAUGAGAACAGUGAGAAAUCAGCCCAGAACUACACGGGAGGAUCUUGUCAAUGAUCUCAAGGCAGCUGGGACCAUAGUCACCAUGAAAACAAUUUGUAACAAGCUCAAGAAAGCACAUAUACAGGGCCGUCUGAAGUUUGCCAAUGAACAUCUGAAUGAUUCAGAGGAGAACUGGGUGAAAGUGUUAUGGUCAGAUGAGACCAAAAUUUAGCUCUUUGGCAUCAACUCAACUCGCCGUGUUUGGAGGAGGAGGAAUGCUGCCUAUGACCCCAAGAACACCAUCCCCACCGUCAAACAUGGAGGUGGAAACAUUAUGCUUUGGGGGUGUUUUUCUGCUAAGGGGAUAGGACAACUUCACCGCAUCAAAGGUACGAUGGACCGUGCCAUGUACCGUCAAAUCUUGGGUGAGAACCUCCUUCCCUCAACCAGGGCAUUGAAAAUGGGUCGUGGAUGGGUAUUCCAGCAUGACAAUGACCCAAAACACACGGCCAAGGCAACAAAGGAGUGGCUCAAGAAGAAGCACAUUAAGGUCCUGGAGUGGCCUAGCCAGUCUCCAGACCUUAAUCCCAUAGAAAAUCUGUGGAGGGAGCUGACGGUUCGAGUUGUCAAACGCCAGCCUCGAAACCUUAAUGACUUGGAGAAGCUCUGCAAAGAGGAGUGGAACAAAAUCCCUCCUGAGAUGUGUGCAAACCUGGUGGCCAACUAUAAGAAACAUCUGACAUCUGUGAUUGCCAACAAGGGUUUUGCCACCAAGUACUAAGUCAUGUUUUGCAGAGGGGUCAAAUACUUAUUUCCCUCAUUAAAAUGCAAAUCAAUUUAUAACAUUUUUGACAUGCAUUUUUCUGGAUUUAUUUGUUGUUAUUCUGUCUCUCACUGUUCAAAUAAACCUACCAUUAAAAUUAUAGACUGAUCAUGUCUUUGUCAGUGGGCAAACGUACAAAAUCAGCAGGGGAUCAAAUACUUUUUUCCCCCACUGUAUGUCCAACAAUGAAAAAACAAAAAAAAAUAUAUUUGUUCUUUUUUGUUCGGAAAACUUGGGGGCCAAAUAAAAGCAUCCCGCCGCCAGUUGGGGAACCCUGAUAUAGAUCAAUCAUUGUAGAGUAUUUAUUGAUCGUUUCUUGAUUGACAUUUAUUUUGUGUCACUUAAUGAUCAAUGAUACAUUUUUAUUUUUAAAAGAGCUUGUGUUUUUAAAGAAACGUCCCUAUUUUUUAAUGUACUGAAGCUAUCUGAGCAUCACACACACACACACACACGUAAUUUAGCUUGGAAUUUGCCAUUUCGGGACUAUUUAAUUGGUUCCAUUGUACUGGGCAAACAAAAUCCAGCGCAGCUCAAGUAUUUGAAAGUAUUCGCCAUACUCGGUAGCUGUGAGUUCUGUGUGGCUGUAACAGUGUUGUGGUGUCCCUUUUUGUAUGAGGCUGGUUGUAACAAUGUUGUUGUGGUGUCCUCAGAGAGAACUGUUUGACAUGGAGCCCUGGGAGCGUCCUCGGGAGGAGUUUAAACUGCACAUGAAGCUGGGAGAGGGCCACUUUGGAGAGGUGUGGGAGGCCCUGUGGACCAGCCAGAACAAAAGGGUGGCCAUCAAGAUGCUCAAACAAGGUAGGCAUGCUAGCUCUUGCUGCUAUUAUAUUAACUACAGUGUUAUACAUGAUUCCGCACACUACAAGCAGAAUUUUGGCAUAAUCUUUCUGGGCAUGAUCACUGAUAAAAUUCAACUUGACGAAUUGAUGAGGGAAUUAUUUUCAAUGACAUACUGCAGAUGGGCAAAUGCUGCAAUGGAAAAACGUUAUUGCAGGCAUGCAUACAAACACAAUUACACACUCACUGAGUCAGUCCAUUCAGGUCAGGGCCCUCACAUUGUUCAUAAAGGGAUUAUAAUGCUUCAUAUGGUCAGUCCUAAGCUCUUUAUCACACACACUCCAACCUGAAGAGCACUGACCUCAGCCUCUCUCUGUCUUUGUCACUCCUGCAGAGGACACUAAGCAGGAUGAGUUUGUGAAGGAGAUCCAGGCCCUGAAGAACCUCCACCACCCCAAGCUGAUCCAGCUGCUGGCCCUGUGUUCCAGAGGAGAGCCUGUCUACAUAGUCACUGAGCUCAUGACCAAGGGCAGCCUCAAGUCCUAUCUGGGCAGUGAGUCACACACCCACACUUCCCUCUGCAUGCAGUGUAUGUUAUGUGUUCACAGAUGAUUAUGCUUGACCAAUAACAUAUGUAGUCAACACACAUCGCUUUUCAUAGGGUGCUAGGCUGAAAUAAUCAUGUAUAGCACUACAGUAUAGGGCUUAGAGCUUGCACAUUUGAUUGCUCCGACAGUGACCUAACAAAGAUCCUUUUGUAAUUGAAAACCAAUAAAGGUAUGUGUUGGAGCAAUUGAGUAACUAUUCAGACCCUACAAUGCUUGAUCGAUCCUGACCAGUCUGCUCCCUGUGCUGUUCCAGCGCCGGAGGGUCAGGUGCUGACCUCUGCCCACCUCAUCUACAUGGGCAGCCAGGUGGGUGAGGGCAUGGCCUACCUGGAGGACCGACACAUCGUGCACAGGGACCUGGCGGCCAGGAACAUCCUGGUGGGAGAUGAUCUGGUCUGUAAAGUGGCUGACUUUGGCCUGGCACGGAUCAUUAAGGUAAGAAUGGAAUGGAUGUGACAUAAAUGUGAAAUGUAUGGGGAAAUAAAGAGGGAGAACAGCCAAUAGGUAAAGUAAAAAAUGCUGUAGAAAAAUAUGCUAUAUGUUGGGCUUACCUAUCCGGGUAAAGGAUAAAUUGUUCACUCUCAGAUGAAGCAAGGAAAGUUCUUGCUUAAAAGCUACUUUCUUUCUGGACAUUUCCAAGGGAAUAUGAAAAAAUUAUAGGUAAAAACAGAUGGUUAUAUAUUUCCCCUCUGUGUGUGUGUGUGUGUGUGUGUGUGUAGGACAGUGUGUACACGGCCAGUAGAAGCACUAAGAUCCCAGUGAGAUGGACGGCCCCUGAGGCUGCUCUCUAUCAGCGCUUCUCUGUCAAGUCUGACGUCUGGUCCUUCGGUGUGCUGCUCUACGAGAUGAUGUCACGAGGAAAGAUGCCAUACGAUGGUGUGUGUGUGUCAAACCUUUUCAAGACAAUGUUCUCUGGACUCUAUUUUUUUACAAAUAUACACCACAUUAUCACAAGAGGAACAGUCAAUCCUCUUGACAGUUAAUCUAUUACCUCUAUCUGUAAAAAUGCUUUUGAAUAUUUCCCUCUGAUGGAUAUUUCUCCCUCUGAUUAAUAUGUUUCUUCUCACUCACAAACACACAGGGAAGAGCAAUACGGAGGUGCUGGAGCUCCUGUCGACAGGUUACAGGUUGCCCUGUCCCAGUAGGUGUCCCCCCAACAUCUAUCGCAUCAUGUUGGAGUGCUGGAACCCCGAGGCCUCCAAGCGGCCCUCCUUCCACGCCCUGCACAGCCAGCUAGACACCAUCUACGCCCGCAUCUACUUCAAAACCAUUGAGGUCUAGAUCUGGAGGAGGAGGAGGCCAAGGGGUGACUGCACUGACAAAGAUACUACAAAGCAGAGGGACUGCAAGACAUUGUCUGACAUGGUGAUCCUUUUUUAACACCUCUUAGUCUAUUUUGUCAGUUCUCUUGGUUGUCGUGGAUUUUGUUUUUAAUCAAGGUUAUGUGCAAUAUAAAGCUCUUCCUGGGGGAAAUGGAGGAAGGAGAGUGGGGCCACUGUUAAAGCCAACAAGACCCUAUGCUACAGUUUGCCUCACUGCACACAGGCCAAACGGCCAGUCAUACAGAGUGCCUAUACACUGAGUGUACAAAACAUU